AUUGGCCGCGGCGAUGCCUCGCGGGCCGGUGGCCACGGAGGCGGAGGAGGAGGUGGAUGGUGGACCAUUGGCUCCGGAUUAGGGGUCGCCGUCGGGGCGCUUCGCUGAGACCCGCCGGGAGCCUAGGGGCUGCUGACGCUCGGCCUGGAGCCCGCGGGGGACUCCGUGCUCGGCUCCGCCAUGCGCGCGGCGAGUAGCGAGCCGGACGGCGUCCUCCGCUAUCAGAGACCAGAUGAAGAAGCUGUGGUGGAUCAGGGGGGGACCAGCACGAUUCUCAACAUUCACUAUGAGAAAGAAGAGUUGGAAGGUCACAGAACUCUGUAUGUGGGGGUUCGGAUGCCGCUGGGCCGGCAGAGCCAUCGGCAUCAUCGAACUCAUGGCCAGAAGCACCGGAGACGAGGCCGGGGGAAAGGAGCCGGCCAAGGGGAGGAAGGCCCAGAGGCCCUGGCACACGGCAUCGCCCUGGGGAGAGAAGACACACCAUCUCAGCGCGUUCAGUUCAUUCUUGGUACUGAGGAGGAUGAGGAGCACGUGCCUCAUGAGCUGUUCACAGAGCUGGAUGAGAUCUGUAUGAAAGAGGGGGAAGAUGCUGAGUGGAAAGAGACAGCCAGGUGGCUGAAGUUUGAAGAAGACGUUGAAGACGGGGGAGAACGCUGGAGCAAGCCCUACGUGGCAACCCUCUCGCUGCACAGCCUCUUCGAGCUGAGGAGCUGCCUUAUCAAUGGAACGGUCCUUCUGGACAUGCGUGCAAAUAGCAUAGAAGAAAUCUCAGACUUGGUCCUGGACCAGCAAGAACUGUUCAGUGACCUGAGUGAAAGCAUGAGAGUUAAAGUACGGGAAGCCCUUCUCAAAAAGCAUCAUCAUCAGAAUGAAAAGAAGAGAAAUAACCUCAUUCCUAUUGUUCGCUCCUUUGCUGAGGUUCGCUCCUUUGCUGAGGUUGGCAAGAAGCAGUCUGAUCCACAUUCAAUGGAUAAAAAUGGUCAAACUCUGUCUCCUCAGUCUGUUCCAACUACGAAUCUUGAAGUAAAGAAUGGCGUGAAUUGUGAACACAGUCCUGUGGAUCUAAGUAAGGUGGACCUUCAUUUCAUGAAGAAAAUUCCCAGUGGGGCAGAGGCCUCCAACGUCCUGGUUGGUGAGGUGGACACUCUGAACCGCCCCAUUGUUGCCUUUGUGAGGCUUUCUCCAGCUGUUCUCCUCUCAGGCUUGACAGAAGUGCCCAUCCCCACAAGAUUUUUAUUUAUCCUACUGGGUCCAGUAGGGAAAGGUCAGCAGUACCAUGAGAUUGGCAGAUCCAUGGCCACCAUCAUGACAGAUGAGAUUUUUCAUGAUGUGGCAUAUAAGGCCAAAGAUCGGGAUGAUCUCCUGGCGGGGAUUGAUGAGUUCCUGGACCAGGUGACGGUGCUCCCUCCAGGGGAGUGGGACCCUUCCAUCAGAAUUGAGCCGCCCAAAAACGUCCCUUCCCAGGAGAAAAGAAAAAUGCCUGGAGUUCCAAAUGGAAACGUUUGCCACAUAGAAGCAGAACCGCACGGGGGCCACAGCGGGCCAGAACUUCAGCGCACCGGGCGGCUCUUUGGAGGCUUGGUGCUGGACAUCAAGCGGAAGGCCCCUUGGUACUGGAGCGACUACCAGGACGCACUCAGCUUGCAGUGCUUGGCCUCCUUCCUGUUCCUGUACUGUGCCUGCAUGUCACCUGUCAUCACCUUUGGGGGGUUGCUUGGAGAAGCCACUGAGGGACGCAUAAGUGCAAUUGAAUCCUUGUUCGGAGCCUCCAUGACUGGGAUUGCCUACUCCUUGUUUGCAGGACAGGCUCUCACCAUACUGGGAAGCACUGGGCCAGUGCUUGUGUUUGAAAAGAUUUUGUUCAAAUUCUGCAAAGACUAUGCUCUUUCAUAUCUCUCCUUGCGUGCUUGUAUUGGACUGUGGACCGCCUUCUUAUGUAUUGUUCUUGUGGCAACUGAUGCCAGUUCCCUUGUCUGCUACAUUACUCGCUUCACCGAAGAAGCAUUUGCUUCCUUAAUUUGCAUUAUUUUCAUCUAUGAAGCAAUAGAAAAGCUGGUUCACCUGGCAGAGACCUAUCCCAUCCACAUGCACAGCCAGCUGGACCACCUUAGCCUGUACUACUGCAGGUGUACUGUCCCAGAGAAUCCAAACAAUCACACACUGCAGUAUUGGAAGGACGAAAACAUCGUGACAACAGAAGUCCACUGGGCUAACCUGACUGUUACUGAAUGCCAGGAGAUGCAUGGAGAGUUCACAGGACCUGCAUGUGGCCAUCACGGACCCUAUACUCCUGAUGUGCUGUUUUGGUCCUGCAUUCUCUUCUUCACCACCUUCAUCCUUUCAAGCACCUUAAAGACAUUUAAGACAAGCCGCUAUUUCCCAACCAGAGUGCGCUCCAUGGUGAGUGACUUUGCCGUUUUCCUCACAAUCUUCACAAUGGUGAUCAUUGAUUUUUUGAUUGGAGUCCCAUCACCAAAACUUCAAGUUCCAAGUGUGUUCAAGCCAACAAGGGAUGAUCGAGGGUGGCUUAUUAGUCCCAUUGGCCCCAAUCCCUGGUGGACCGGGAUAGCCGCAAUUAUCCCAGCUCUUCUCUGCACUAUCUUAAUAUUCAUGGACCAGCAGAUCACAGCUGUUAUCAUUAACAGAAAGGAACACAAGCUCAAGAAAGGCUGUGGCUACCACCUGGACCUGCUCAUGGUGGCCAUCAUGCUGGGUGUCUGCUCCAUCAUGGGCCUGCCUUGGUUUGUGGCUGCAACUGUCCUGUCCAUCACACAUGUGAACAGCCUCAAACUGGAAUCUGAGUGCUCCGCUCCUGGGGAACAGCCCAAGUUCUUGGGCAUCCGAGAACAGAGAGUGACAGGCCUUAUGAUUUUUGUGCUGAUGGGAUGCUCAGUCUUCAUGACAACUAUAUUAAAGUUCAUCCCGAUGCCAGUACUCUAUGGAGUCUUCCUCUACAUGGGAGUCUCUUCACUACAGGGAAUUCAGUUCUUCGAUCGGCUGAAGCUCUUUGGGAUGCCCGCGAAGCACCAGCCGGACUUCAUUUACCUCCGCCACGUGCCGCUGCGCAAGGUGCACCUCUUCACCCUCAUCCAGCUCACCUGCCUGGUCCUGCUCUGGGUCAUCAAGGCGUCGCCGGCCGCCAUUGUCUUCCCAAUGAUGGUUUUGGCCUUGGUCUUCGUCAGGAAAGUGAUGGAUCUCUGCUUCUCUAAGCGAGAGCUGAGCUGGUUAGAUGAUCUCAUGCCUGAAAGCAAAAAGAAGAAGUUGGACGAUGCCAAAAAGAAGGCCAAGGAGGAAGAGGAGGCUGAGAAAAUGAUAGAAAUGGAGAGAGACAAGUUCCCCUUAGAGAGCAGGAAGUUACUAAGUAGUACUGAAAAGAACAACAGUUUCAGAUGUGACCCCUCUGAGAUUAAUAUAUCUGAUGAAAUGCCUAAAACCACAGUCUGGAAAGCUCUCAGUAUGAACCCUGGAAAUACCAAGGAAAAGAGUCUCUUCAACUAGAAGUAUUUGCCGGAUGGAAGAUUUGGGCCAUGAGAUGCCUCAGGGAAGUUCUGGUUACAGAGCAGAAGGCAAAUUUCUCAGAGAAGAAGCAAGACCCAGUCCGACCCUGUCCUCGGUCACAUCCGACCCUGUCCUCGGUCACGUCCAAGCCAUGCUGAAGCAUUCAGUUAUCGUGGUGUGUGUUGGAGGGCAUCCAGCUGUCCCCAUGCCAGCAGCCACAUGGAAACGUGGAAGCAGAAGACCACCUCCUGUUGGUACUUCUCCUCUUCCUUCUCUUUCUCUUCAAAACGGCCACUACUGAAGACCCAGCUUCCCAUCUUCCUGACAUUUUCUCUGAAACUCUCUGCCACGCCAUACGGAUCUGUGCUGCCAUUGAGGAUUCCGUUAGUGAGGUCCCUUUUCCUAAAGGAUUGGGCAGGGAAGUGGGAGCAAAGCAAAGAGGGGAAGGCUCUCUAGUCCCAUAGUGUCAGUGGGCUCCUAGGCAGCCCUGGGCUUGGUUGGAAUGCCUGCUGUAAGGGAUGCUGGUCAGACUCAGAGGCUGUCAGAAGGGCUGGCUAUAGGCGAGUCAGCGGCCUGGGCAUUGGCAGUGCUCUGACCGGGGUGCAACUUUAUUGUUCCCUAGUAGCAGUUUGCAUAACUCAGUAAGAACCUUGGAUGAUGAAAGAGCCUAGAAGGACAUGGGAGUUGUUUAGCUUAGACAGGAAAAGGCUUGGGGGGAAAUCAAUAAUGAGAAGGGAGGAUGAGGAGCUUCUCUUGGUUUCAGUGAGGAGAGAGUUAGAGACUGAACUUAAAUUGCUAUAGAAAGAUUUUGCUUAGACACUAGGAAGGACUUCCUAAGCUGAAAACUUGUCAUAGUGUCUGCUUUAUCAAUACCUGGGAAAGGUUUGAUAUCAGUUGUUUGUGAGUGGGAAGGAAGAUAAGGUGUUCUUAUUGGCCAUGUUGUAGAAACACCCAUGUCUUGCUACUCUCUCUUGAGAACACAUCUGAUUGCAUUCCUGAAGCAUCCAAGUGCUUAUGUAAUGUCUCCUUAGCUGCCUUAGUAGUGAAUCGUCGUCAACUCAAUGGACCACGUCACCUUUCGCCAUGUGGUUUCUUCACCAUCACGGAUUUCUGUUGGUUGACCAAUGUCUGGCUCUCAGAUCUAAAAAGCCACAUUGGGAAAUGAACUGUAAGUGGUAAAAUUAAUUUUGUAUUUAGUUUACAACUACAAUUAUAGUUUUUUCCCUCUUUUUUGUUGCAAUGAAUAGCAAUGGUUUGGGCUCCAGUGCAUAUAGAUCUUCCCUUCCUUUGUGCACAGAAUGUGACUAGCAAGCAUGUCAACACCAAAGGAAUCCGAUCACAUCAGUUUUCCAGUUGGAAAAUCUUUGUAGAGUGGGAUGUUCCCUCAGUGUGCUCGCCUUUCCAUAGGUGAAGCAGUGGCUACAUACCUUAAGGGAAUUUUGCAUUCCUUAGACUUUUAAAUAUUAGUGUAUUCUAGGCUUACUCUGAGGACCUUUGAUAUUAAAGGAAUCCUGCAAUUCUUUCAUAUUUUCCUAACUCUCAGAGCCGCAGUUAUUUUAAUACAUAGGUGAUUUUCAAAAUAUUUAACAACUGGCUUAGGAUGGGCACCAUCCACUCAGAAUGGACACCUGCUGUCAACAAGCAAUAUGUGUGAUCUGUCUGCUGAACAGCACGCUGCUUUCAAACGCUAAAAUAAUAUCCCUUUGAGUUGUGGGAAUUGUUCCUGAUUUUUCUGAUUUUCUACUUACAAGGAAGCCUCAAUUCCUUUCAUGUGGUGCAGACAGGAAUAGGAAUUAUUCCUGUCUGCACCACAUGAAAUUAUGGGCACUAAAAUCUUUGUGAGCCAUCGCUUCACAUUUUGUCACUUUAGGAUAAAUGUAGUAAUUGUGCCCAUUUACAUUUACCUACCUAAUCUAGAAAAAUCAAAAGGCAACCUGUCAAAGAGAAAAGCUUUCCUGCUAGUUUACCCCAUUCCUCUCUGGAGUUUGCCUUCUUUCUCACCUUUGUUUUCGGAGAAUAUGCCUGUCUACGCUGUCUUUCCAUCUUGCCCCUCCGUCUUCAUCUGCCUCCUCUGGGUAGGGAAGCUGGUUACUGCUUCGCCUAUUCCCUAGCCUCAGCGUGGUUGUAAGAAAUAUAACAGGAAGGCCCUUUGUGCAAUGAAACUGGGUGACAAUAUCUCAGAAAAAUCUCUCUUCUGAUACUCUGAUGUCUUAUGAUACUUUGUGUCUGCUCAGCUUCCUAUGAGUAAGGAUCCCGCCUUUCUUAACUGUGCAGAGAGUGACAGGACCACCGGUGCACUUUGGGGUCCCAAACCAGACCCUCCCAGGUUGCUGCGCCUUAGGAACUUCCGCUGAUUUCGAAGGCGGGCCAAUACUUGUAGGCAACUAGGUUUUCCUAAGACAAUAGCCAGACUCAUUCUACUACAUGUCUCUUCUGUUUCAGCUCCACCAAACACCCAGUCUCAGUCCUGGCUGCUUCCUUGGCUCAGGUCUGUUGCUAGGGUAGCAGAGUCAAGCUGGGCUGUGUGUGGAAUAGCAAACUGGGAGUUGAGGUGAAGCAGCAACGUGUGUGUCCGCGCACGCACAUAUAUGCAUAUGUGGUUAUCCGUAAGCUUUCAUUGCUGCUAUUAGUCAGUCCAUGCAACCUAAUCUGUGGGGAUAUCAAAAUAAUAUGAUCAUCCCCCAUCUAUGGAUUCCCCCCUCAGACUUCUCCAAUGGAAUAGCUCGAGGACAAACAUAGGCUGAUUACUCUAGAAAAAGGCGAGAACCUGACAUAGGGGUGGGAAGCAAGGCGGCUAGUUAUGAGUCCCAAGCCCCGGUGUUUGGGCCAGAGACGCAGUCACCUCUUUUAGGACAAGGGCAGAUUUCAGUUGAGCAUUGGUAGGCCAAGGGGCUGGUAGUGCAGAGGCCCGGGAUUUAAGAAAGUGAUAGCGAGAGGAAUCUUGGUUCUAAGAGGGAAGGAAGAACUAGCAUUGCUAAGAGGCUGUGCUACUUCCUAGCCCAUGACCUUUAAGAAGGGUCUGGAGAGAAGGGGAAGACCAGCAGAAAUAUGCUGUGUAGUUGUCAAAUACAUUUGGUUGCAUAAAAUGCAGGCCAGCUCUUUGAGGCUACAUAUGAUUUCAGACUUCUGAUGAUGGGAUAAUCGGGAGAUCUGAUCUUUAUCACAUACAGCUCUUAUCCCUGUCUCCUUAUUCAGAGAAAUUGGCCUUUAGGAUAGAGGGGUAGUGAGCCAUACAUUUCCAAAAGACAGUGUGAACAUAUGCUGUUUUUCUUUGUUUUGGAUGGCUGGCUUUUAAAUUAGUAAAAAAUGUGUUGUUGUUGUU